CAAAGCGAAGCGAAGGAGGGAGCGGCGGAGCGCGGGCCGUCAGAGCCCUGUGCCCGCGCGGAGGUGAUGAAGCUGGCCGCGCGCUGACACCGCCGCACCCAGCCGCCGGGAAGAAGGCGCCUCGGGCCACGACCUUCAGGAGAAGGGAGGACUGAUAAUUCUUGUAUCUAAGAGUGGACCGACCACGUGUGUGGUGACAUGGCCCAGGGGAAUAAUUAUGGGCAGACCAGCAAUGGGGUGGCAGAUGAAUCACCCAACAUGCUGGUGUACAGAAAGGAGACGUUCAUCCAGGUGCAAGCACUGCAGCAAAGGGUCCCAGGUCCCAGCCUGUCUCACCACUGCCUCACAAUCAGGAUGGAAGACGUCAUAGCACGCAUGCAAGAUGAAAAAAAUGGAAUUCCUAUUCGUACCGUCAAAAGCUUUCUUUCCAAGAUACCUAGCGUCUUCUCUGGGUCAGACAUUGUUCAAUGGUUAAUAAAGAACUUAACCAUAGAAGAUCCAGUGGAGGCACUCCAUUUGGGAACACUAAUGGCUGCCCAUGGCUACUUCUUUCCAAUCUCGGAUCAUGUCCUCACACUCAAGGAUGAUGGCACCUUUUACCGGUUCCAAACACCCUAUUUUUGGCCAUCAAAUUGUUGGGAGCCAGAAAACACAGACUAUGCGGUUUACCUCUGCAAAAGAACAAUGCAAAACAAAGCAAGGCUGGAGCUAGCCGACUAUGAAGCUGAGAGCUUGGCCAGGCUGCAGAGGGCAUUUGCUCGGAAGUGGGAGUUCAUUUUUAUGCAAGCAGAAGCACAAGCAAAAGUGGACAAGAAGAGAGACAAGAUUGAAAGAAAGAUCCUUGAUAGUCAGGAGAGAGCAUUCUGGGACGUACACAGACCCGUGCCUGGAUGCGUAAAUACCACUGAAGUGGACAUUAAGAAGUCAUCCAGAAUGAGAAAUCCACACAAAACACGAAAGUCUGUCUAUGGUCUUCAAAAUGAUAUUAGAAGUCACAGUCCUACCCACACACCCACACCAGAAACUAAACCUCCAACAGAAGAUGAGUUACAACAACAGAUAAAGUAUUGGCAAAUACAGUUAGAUAGACAUCGGUUAAAAAUGUCAAAAGUUGCUGAUAGUCUGCUAAGUUACACGGAACAGUAUAUAGAAUAUGACCCAUUUCUUGUGCCACCUGACCCUUCUAACCCAUGGUUGUCUGAUGAUACUACCUUCUGGGAACUUGAAGCAAGCAAAGAACCAAGCCAGCAGAGGGUAAAACGAUGGGGUUUUGGCAUGGAUGAAGCACUGAAAGAUCCAGUUGGGAGAGAACAGUUCCUUAAAUUUCUAGAGUCAGAAUUCAGCUCAGAAAACUUAAGAUUCUGGCUAGCAGUGGAGGACUUGAAGAAAAGGCCUAUUAGAGAAGUUCCCUCUCGAGUUCAGGAAAUAUGGCAAGAAUUUCUGGCUCCAGGAGCCCCCAGUGCUAUUAACUUGGAUUCUAAGAGCUAUGACAAAACCACACAGAAUGUGAAGGAGCCUGGGCGAUACACCUUCGAAGAUGCUCAGGAGCACAUUUACAAACUGAUGAAAAGUGAUUCAUACCCACGUUUUAUAAGAUCCAGUGCCUAUCAAGAGCUUCUACAGGCAAAGAAAAAGGGCAGAAACAUCCCUAUUUUCCCAUGCCAUAAAAACUGUACACCAACACUGAGGGCCAGCACUAACCUGUUAUGA